AUCACCUCGGAUCUUUCAAACAGUCCAGCCUAUGCAACAGUACGCCACUUCUACGCCUGCGCGGGGACGGUGAGGCGGGGCCCGCAACUUCCUCAGCGGGAGGGGGAGUGCACACUGGAGUCGCCGGAAGAGAACGACUCUGAUCUGGCUCGGCUUUCCAAUCAAUUCCACAAGGAGCCAGGCUUUCUGGGUUGCAACAUGGCGGCUACCAGUGCAACUGAUGAACCGGUUUCCGGGGAGUUGGUAUCUGUGGCACAUGCGCUUUCCCUCCCAGCAGAGUCCUAUGGCAACGAUCCUGACAUUGAGAUGGCUUGGGCCAUGAGAGCAAUGCAGCAUGCUGAAGUCUAUUACAAGCUGAUUUCAUCAGUUGACCCACAAUUCCUGAAACUCACCAAAGUAGAUGACCAAAUUUACUCUGAGUUCCGGAAAAAUUUUGAGAAGCUUAAGAUAGAUGUAUUGGACCCAGAAGAACUCAAGUCAGAAUCAGCCAAAGAGAAGUGGAGGCCAUUCUGCUUGAAGUUUAAUGGGAUUGUUGAAGACUUCAACUAUGGUACUUUGCUGCGACUAGAUUGUUCUCAGGGCUACACUGAAGAAAACACCAUCUUUGCCCCCAGGAUACAAUUCUUUGCCAUUGAAAUUGCUCGGAACCGGGAAGGCUAUAACAAAGCUGUUUAUAUCAGUGUUCAGGACAAAGAAGGAGAGAAAGAAGUCAACAACGGAGGAGAAAAAAGAGCUGACAGUGGAGAAGAGGAGAACACCAAGAAGAGAGGAGAGAAAGGAGCUGAUAGUGGAGAAGAAGACAACACCAAGAACAGAGGAGAGAAAGGAGCUGAGAGUGGAGAAGAAAAAGAGGAAGGAAUCAACAGAGAAGAGAAAACUGACAAAGGAGGAGAAAAAGGGGAAGAAGCUGACAAAGACAUCAGCAAAAGUGGUGAAAAAGCGAUGUAAGGUAUACAGGGGACAGCGCUCUAGAAGCUAUGUGUCAAUUGAGCCUACAAGUAACACAGUGCUGCUUGCACAGACCUCUUUGGUUAAAUGUAAACUCUUGUACAAUUUAAGAACACUCAGGAGGACAUCCUUCUAGCCUAAUAGGAUUUGCUCUUGUGGUUCCCUUGUAUGAACUGUCUUAAAGACUAUUAGUGGGGUGUUAGUUGAUUUUUUCUGGUGUACUGUUUUUUGGCUGUCACCGCUGGUCAAGUAAGAAAUUUUGUAAAUAAAUGUCUUUUGGUUCUUUUUUAUCUGUAUCUCUGACUGAGUUUAAAAAGGUAUUUGACACUUGAAAUUUUUUUCAAAUAUAUAAUCUCAUCA